CUAGCCUGGGCAACAAAGCGAGACUCUGUCUCAAAAAAAAUAAAAACACCGAGAAGGAAAUGGAUUUUUGUAGAUUAUGUAGUUGAAACAUUUUCAGUAUCAUCUAUUUAUACCUUAUCUGAGGAAAAUAGUUAUUUAUAACUGAACACUUAUGGAGUUAAUGGAGAUAAUGGAUAAUGGUUAUAAACCUGCCAAUUUCUUGGGAGCUGACAUGCUAUACGAACUCAAGGAGGUAUUAUCUGCAAUCUAGACUUAUUUCUUUGGGAAAAUGCUAACUUAUUAUGGAAAUAGUUCAGAUGGUAGAAGGGAGAAAAGGCAAAUCAGAUAAAUGGAAUAUGUAGGAUUUGGAAUCAAUAAUUAACCUAAUAACUGCUGAACAUUGCUUUGAUGCCGUGCAAUGAACAUUCACUAUCUGCAUGUUGGCUUCAUGUCAGAACUGUAUUCUAGAGUAUGUCAUAGGUGGAAAGAGCACUGGAUUGGGAGUCAGGAAAUCUAAAUGCUAGUCUAGCUCUGCCAUUGACCGCCUGUGUGCCUCAUUUUCCCCAUCUUUAAAAUGAAGUGGUUAUGGGAAAAGGUCUCCAAGGCCCUUCCAGUUCUGAUAUUUUAUUGUUCUGUGAUUCUAUAUCCCACACCCAUCGAGAGCAUUUUGAUUUUCUUUAAGUUGCUCGCACCGGCCUUUCAGUUAGGAUGCGUCCAGGAGCUUAUGUCCUUGGGCUACUGGGAACAGUAAGGCCUUGCUUCUCCAGGACUUGAUAUGUCUUCUGUUAACUGCUGACAGUGAGCCAUACCACCUAAAAGGCUCCCUUGGGAGCCUUAAAGAUUGAAAGGACAAAUGGACAGUAUUGAGAACUCUGUGGAAGAGGAGACCAGAGAGACGUUGAUCAUCAUGGCUCCUUGGGAUUUGCAAAGAGGAAUGACUAGAACGGGGCCCUUCACUACAGCCAGGUCAAAGGUCAGGUCAGGAAUGUGGACAAUGCUGGUGACUCCAGUUGCUUCCAAGAUCCGGUACUUGCAGGAAUAUCAUAACCGGGUUCUUCACAACAUUUAUCCUGUACCAUCAGGAACAGAUAUUGCAAACACCUUGAAAUACUUUUCUCAGACCUUGUUAAGCAUUUUGUCCCGCACAGGGAAGAAGGAAAACCAAGAUGCCUCCAAUUUGACAGUGCCCAUGACCAUGUGUCUUUUUCCUGUGCCAUUCCCACUCACCCCAUCUCUAAGACCGCAGGUCAGUUCCAUCAACCCUACUGUUACUCGCUCCCUCCUUUACAGCGUCCUGCGAGAUGCUCCCUCAGAACGCGGCCCGCAAAGUCGUGAUGCUCAGUUGUCAGACUACCCUUCUUUGGACUACCAAGGCCUCUACGUGACUUUGGUGACUCUCCUGGAUCUAGUUCCUUUACUACAGCACGGCCAACACGAUCUUGGACAGUCAAUAUUUUAUACAACUACAUGUUUGCUACCCUUUCUCAAUGAUGAUAUUCUGAGUACUUUGCCCUACACGAUGAUAUCAACGUUAGCUACCUUUCCUCCAUUUCUGCACAAGGAUAUUAUUGAAUAUCUUAGCACAUCUUUUCUACCAAUGGCUAUAUUGGGUUCCUCAAGGAGAGAAGUUGUACCUGCCCAUGUUAAUCUCUCUGCAUCAUCCAUGCUAAUGAUUGCAAUGCAGUACACAUCCAAUCCAGUGUAUCAUUGUCAAUUACUGGAAUGCCUCAUGAAAUAUAAACAAGAAGUCUGGAAAGAUCUUUUGUAUGUGAUCGCUUAUGGGCCUUCACAAGUGAAACCUCCAGCUGUGCAAAUGCUUUUCCACUACUGGCCCAAUUUAAAACCUCCUGGGGCAAUAAGCGAGUACAGGGGGUUGCAGUACACAGCUUGGAAUCCCAUCCACUGCCAGCACAUAGAAUGCCACAACGCAAUCAACAAACCAGCUGUGAAGAUGUGUAUAGACCCUUCCCUGUCAGUAGCUUUGGGGGAUAAACCACCCCCAUUGUAUCUCUGUGAAGAAUGCAGCGAGAGGAUUGCAGGGGACCACAGUGAGUGGCUGAUUGAUGUUCUUCUGCCGCAAGCUGAAAUAUCUGCUAUAUGUCAGAAAAAGAACUGCAGUUCCCACGUUCGAAGAGCAGUUGUCACCUGCUUUUCGGCCGGGUGCUGCGGUCGUCACGGAAACAGGCCCGUUCGGUACUGUAAGAGAUGCCACUCGAAUCAUCACAGUAGUGAAGUGGGGGCCUCCGCGGAGACCCACCUCUACCAGACCUCCCCGCCCCCCAUCAACACGCGGGAAUGUGGCGCGGAGGAGCUGGUCUGCGCCGUGGAGGCCGUGAUCAGCUUGUUGAAGGAAGCCGAGUUCCAUGCUGAGCAGCGGGAGCAUGAGCUGAAUCGACGGCGGCAGCUGGGCCUCUCCUCUUCCCACCAUUCCCUGGAUAACGCUGACUUUGAUAACAAGGACGAUGAUAAACAUGACCAGAGGCUGCUCAGUCAAUUUGGAAUAUGGUUCUUAGUGAGCCUCUGCACACCCAGUGAGAACACGCCUACAGAAAGCUUGGCCCGGCUGGUGGCCAUGGUGUUUCAGUGGUUUCACUCUACAGCAUACAUGAUGGAUGAUGAAGUUGGAAGUUUGGUGGAAAAACUGAAGCCGCAGUUUGUCACCAAGUGGUUGAAGACAGUAUGCGAUGUUCGUUUUGAUGUCAUGGUCAUGUGCCUUCUUCCCAAACCCAUGGAAUUUGCCAGGGUUGGUGGCUACUGGGAUAAGUCCUGCAGCACAGUGACUCAGCUGAAGGAAGGUCUCAACCGAAUCCUCUGCCUGAUCCCCUACAAUGUGAUCAGUCAAUCUGUGUGGGAGUGUAUCAUGCCGGAAUGGCUGGAAGCCAUCAGAACAGAAGUCCCAGAUAAUCAGUUAAAAGAAUUCAGGGAAGUAUUAAGCAAAAUGUUUGACAUUGAGCUCUGUCCUCUGCCUUUCUCAAUGGAAGAGAUGUUUGGCUUUAUUAGUUGUCGGUUUACAGGAUACCCCUCCUCUGUACAGGAGCAAGCUUUACUAUGGCUUCAUGUAUUAUCGGAGUUAGAUAUCAUGGUUCCACUUCAACUAUUAAUAAGCAUGUUUUCUGAUGGAGUUAAUUCUGUCAAAGAACUGGCAAAUCAAAGAAAAUCAAGAGUCAGUGAACUGGCAGGGAACCUUGCAUCUCGAAGGGUGAGUGUUGCCUCUGAUCCUGGUCGACGAGUUCCGCACAACAUGCUCAGUCCAUUUCAUAGUCCUUUCCAGAGUCCAUUUCGGAGUCCUAUGCGUAGUCCAUUUCGUAGCCCUUUCAAGAACUUUGGACACCCGGGAGGAAGGACUAUUGACUUUGAUUGUGAAGAUGAUGAAAUGAAUCUAAAUUGUUUCAUCCUCAUGUUUGAUCUUCUCCUGAAGCAGAUGGAGUUACAGGAUGAUGGGAUCACGAUGGGUUUCGAGCACAGCUUGUCAAAGGAUAUUAUUUCUAUUAUAAACAAUGUCUUCCAAGCCCCCUGGGGGGGUUCCCACACCUGCCAGAAGGAAGAAAAAGCAAUCGAGUGCAACUUAUGUCAGUCUAGCAUUCUCUGCUAUCAGCUUGCUUGUGAACUCCUGGAGAGACUAGCUCCCAAAGAAGAAAGCCGGCUGGUGGAGCCUACAGACAGCCUCGAGGAUAGCCUCCUUUCUUCCAGACCAGAGUUCAUCAUAGGCACUGAGGGAGAGGAGGAGGAGAACCCAGCCACCAAGCAAGGGGAGAACCCAGGCAACCGCACUGAGCCCGCGGAACAUGCUGCAAUAAAGAAUGAUACUGAGAGAAAAUUUUGCUACCAACAGCUUCCAGUGACGUUGAGACUAAUAUAUACAAUUUUCCAGGAAAUGGCUAAGUUUGAAGAGCCAGACAUCCUUUUUAAUAUGCUCAAUUGCCUAAAGAUUCUCUGCCUGCAUGGAGAGUGUUUAUACAUCGCUAGAAAAGAUCACCCUCAAUUUCUAGCCUACAUUCAGGAUCAUAUGUUGAUUGCAAGCCUGUGGAGAGUCGUCAAGUCCGAGUUCUCCCAGCUGUCUUCACUGGCCGUCCCUCUCCUGCUCCACGCCCUGUCACUUCCUCAUGGUGCUGACAUCUUCUGGACAAUCAUAAACGGCAACUUCAACAGCAAAGACUGGAAGAUGCGGUUUGAAGCAGUGGAAAAAGUAGCUGUCAUUUGUAGAUUUCUGGAUAUUCACUCAGUGACCAAAAACCACCUGCUGAAGUACUCCUUGGCACAUGCCUUCUGCUGCUUUCUGACAGCUGUGGAGGAUGUCAACCCAGCAGUGGCUACCAGGGCUGGUCUCCUGCUUGACACCAUAAAGAGGCCAGCAUUGCAGGGUCUGUGUCUUUGUCUUGACUUCCAGUUUGACACAGUGGUUAAGGACCGACCCACAAUUUUGAGCAAGCUAUUGCUCUUGCACUUUCUUAAGCAGGAUAUUCCUGCUUUGAGCUGGGAAUUCUUUGUCAAUAGAUUUGAGACGCUUUCUUUGGAAGCUCAGCUGCAUUUGGAUUGUAACAAAGAAUUUCCUUUUCCUACAACCAUCACUGCUGUGAGGACCAACGUUGCUAACCUCAGUGACGCAGCCUUGUGGAAGAUCAAGAGGGCUCGCUUUGCAAGAAACCGCCAGAAGAGUGUGCGCUCCCUGAGGGACAGUGUGAAAGGGCCUGUGGAAUCCAAGAGGGCGCUCUCCCUCCCUGAGACCCUGACCUCCAAAAUUCCUAUGAGGUUGACCAGGCAUGAGCAGUCUGCUCCAGCUCUCGGUGGGACACCCGAACAGACGCCAGGACAACAAUCUCCUGAGAACGACAACACCAUCAAGGACCUGCUCCCAGAAGAUGCUGGGAUCGACCACCAGACGGUUCACCAACUGAUAACAGUGCUCAUGAAGUUCAUGGCCAAAGACGAGAGCAGCGCCGAGUCGGACAUCAGCAGUGCGAAGGCCUUCAACACGGUCAAGCGGCACCUGUAUGUCUUACUCGGCUAUGACCAACAGGAGGGCUGCUUCAUGAUUGCACCUCAAAAAAUGCGCCUGUCAACUUGCUUUAAUGCAUUUAUUGCAGGAAUUGCCCAAGUUAUGGACUAUAACAUUAACUUGGGAAAACAUCUUCUCCCCUUGGUGGUUCAGGUGCUCAAAUACUGUUCUUGUCCUCAACUACGGCAUUAUUUCCAACAGCCCCCUCGUUGUUCCCUCUGGUCCCUAAAACCUCACAUACGGCAGAUGUGGUUGAAGGCCUUGCUUGUCAUCCUUUAUAAGUAUCCGUACCGAGACUGUGAAAUCAGCAAGAUCCUGCUGCAUCUGAUUCACAUAACGGUCAAUACCCUCAAUGCGCAGUAUCAUAGCUGCAAGCCCCAUGCCACGGCAGGACCUUUGUACAGUGACAACAGUAACAUAAGCAGAUACAGUGAAAAAGAAAAAGAAGAAGAUAGUGUUUUUGAUGAAUCUGAUAUUCAUGAUACACCUACUGGACCCUGCAAUAAAGAGUCUCAAACUUUUUUUGCAAGAUUGAAAAGAAUAGGCGGCAGCAAAAUGGUGAAAUAUCAGCCGGUUGAGAUGAAUGUUCAGAGAAGUGAAAUAGAACUGGCUGAAUAUAGAGAAACGGGCGCGUUGCAAGACAGCCUGCUACACUGUGUGAGAGAAGAAAGCAUUCAGAAAAAAAAGCUGCGCUCUUUUAAACAAAAAUCUCUUGAUAUAGGGAAUGCAGACUCCCUCUUGUUUACGUUAGACGAGCACCGUAGGAAGUCUUGCAUAGACCGGUGUGACGCAGAGAAGCCUCCUGCCCAAGCUGCUUAUAUCACACCAAGACAGAAUGACCCCGGACGUUCUAGACAGAAUUCUGCCACGAGGCCCGAGACGAUCGAGAUCCUUGAGAACCCGGCCAUGGAGGGUUUUCAAGACACUCGGAGGCCGGUCAUCCCAGAAGUUAGGUUAAACUGCAUGGAGACGUUCGAGGUGAAAAUUGACUCUCCCGUAAAGCCUGCUCCUAAGGAGGAUUUAGAUCUGAUAGAUCUGUCCUCGGAUUCAACGUCUGGGCCCGAAAAGCAAUCCAUACUGUCAACGUCCGACAGCGACUCUCUUAUAUUUGAGCCUCUUCCACCUCUCAGAAUCGUAGAGAGUGACGAAGAGGAGGAGAUGAUGAACCAAGGCAGCGGUGGCACCUCUGGUAAAAACGCUGCCUCCUCAUCCUCCGUUCCCAGCCAGCCCCACGUCCUCAGCCUGAGCGCAACUCCCCUUGUGCAAGUAAGCGUGGAGGAUUGUUCCAAAGACUUUUCUACCAAGGACUCAGCAAAUAACCAGUCGGCAGGCGACAGGGACUCCGCUCUCAUAGCCCUGGAAGACCCCGCAGACUCCGAGGAACUGUCCAGGCCGGAGGAGCUGCCUGAGUUCUCCAGUGGCAGCCCGCUGACGCUGAAACAGAAACGAGACCUCCUUCAGAAGUCGCCUGCCCUCCCCGAGAUGUCGCUGGAUAACCCUGAUGCCAGCACCGAGGAGGAGAAGCCCGAUGGGCUGAUGCCAAGUUCAGGGGCAAAAACCGUCCUCCUCAAAGUUCCCGAAGACACGGAGAAUCCAACAGAGAGUGAGAAGCCCGACAUGAGUGCCGAAUCCGAUACCGAGCAGAAUCCCGAAAGGAAGGUGGAAGAGGAUGGAGCCGAGGAGUCAGAAUUUAAGAUUCAGAUUGUUCCCAGGCAGAGGAAACAGAGGAAGAUUGCUGUCAGUGCUAUCCAGAGAGAGUACCUCGACAUCUCCUUCAACAUCCUAGACAAGUUGGGAGAACAGAAGGACCCAGAUUCCUCUACUAAAGGGCUUUCAACUUUGGAAAUGCCACGAGAGUCCUCAUCUGCGCCUACGUUAGAAGCAGGUGUGCCAGAAACAAGCAGCCAUUCCUCAAUAUCAACUCAGUAUAGGCAGAUGAAAAGGGGAUCCCUGGGAGUUCUGACAAUGGGCCAGUUAAUGAAGCGCCAGCUGGAACAUCAGUCUAGCGCCCCCCAUAACAUCAGCAACUGGGACACUGAACAGAUACAGCCCGGGAAACGCCAAUGUAAUGUGUCAACGUGCCUAAACCCUGACCUGGAGGGACAGCCGUUGAGAAUGAGAGGUGCCACCAAAUCCAGCCUGCUGUCAGCACCCAGCAUAGUCAGUAUGUUUGUGCCUGCACCCGAAGAAUUCACUGACGAACAGCCCACAGUGAUGACAGACAAAUGCCAUGACUGUGGGGCUAUUCUUGAAGAAUAUGAUGAAGAAACACUCGGGCUGGCCAUCGUGGUCCUCUCCACGUUCAUCCACCUGAGCCCGGACUUGGCGGCCCCGCUGCUGCUGGAUAUCAUGCAGUCUGUGGGGCGAUUGGCUUCCAGCACUACUUUUUCUAAUCAAGCAGAAAGCAUGAUGGUUCCCGGCAAUGCAGCAGGGGUGGCCAAGCAGUUCCUGCGCUGUAUCUUCCAUCAACUGGCCCCCAACGGCAUCUUCCCGCAGCUGUUCCAAAGCACCAUCAAAGAUGGGACUUUUUUACGGACCUUAGCCACAUCUCUGAUGGACUUCAACGAGCUGAGCUCUAUUGCCGCCCUCAGUCAGCUCUUGGAGGGUCUAAAUAACAAAAAGAAUUUACCAGCAGGGGGUGCUAUGAUACGCUGUUUGGAAAACAUUGCUACCUUCAUGGAAGCUUUGCCCAUGGAUUCUCCCAGCAGCCUCUGGACCACCAUCAGCAACCAGUUUCAGACAUUUUUUGCCAAGCUGCCUUGUGUUUUACCUCUGAAGUGUUCUUUAGAUUCCAGUUUGAGAAUUAUGAUUUGCCUCUUGAAGAUCCCCUCUACCAAUGCCACAAGGAGUUUGUUGGAACCGUUUUCAAAACUGCUCAGCUUUGUAAUUCAGAAUGCUGUCUUCACCCUGGCCUACCUGGUAGAGCUGUGUGGCUUGUGUUACCGAGCUUUCACUAAGGAGCGGGAUAAAUUCUACUUGUCACGUAGCGUUGUUCUAGAACUUCUGCAGGCUCUGAAGCUCAAAUCUCCUUUACCAGAUACAAACCUCCUUCUGCUUGUUCAGUUUAUUUGUGCAGAUGCUGGAACCAAACUGGCUGAGUCAACAAUCCUGAGCAAGCAGAUGAUAGCCUCUGUACCUGGAUGCGGAACCGCAGCAAUGGAGUGUGUACGGCAAUACAUCAACGAAGUGCUGGAUUUCAUGGCAGACAUGCACAUGCUGACCAAACUGAAGAGCCACAUGAAGACUUGUUCCCAGCCUCUGCAUGAAGAUACCUUUGGUGGACAUCUCAAAGUAGGGCUGGCUCAGAUUGCAGCCAUGGAAAUCUCACGGGGCAACCACAGAGAUAACAAAGCUGUGAUCCGCUAUCUGCCUUGGCUCUAUCAUCCUCCUUCUGCAAUGCAGCAAGGACCUAAAGAAUUCAUCGAGUGUGUCUCCCACAUCCGUCUGUUGUCGUGGCUGCUUCUGGGUUCCCUCACUCAUAAUGCAGUGUGUCCAAAUGCCUCCUCUCCCUGCCUGCCCAUACCUCUGGACGCAGGUUCCCAUAUUGCAGACCAUCUUAUUGUUAUCCUGAUUGGAUUUCCAGAGCAAUCAAAGACCUCUGUGCUGCAUAUGUGCUCCCUCUUCCACGCAUUCGUCUUUGCUCAGCUCUGGACCGUGUAUUGCGAGCAAAGUGCCGUAGCCACGAAUGUCCAAAAUCAGAAUGAAUUCAGCUUCACGGCGAUACUGACAGCACUAGAAUUUUGGAGUAGGGUGACACCCAGCAUCCUUCAGUUAAUGGCCCACAACAAAGUGAUGGUAGAAAUGGUGUGUCUCCACGUGAUUAGUUUAAUGGAGGCAUUGCAAGAAUGCAAUUCAACCAUUUUUGUCAAGCUGAUACCUAUGUGGUUGCCAAUGAUUCAGUCAAAUAUCAAGCACUUAUCUGCGGGACUCCAGCUUCGCCUUCAGGCCAUUCAGAACAACGUGAACCACCACAGCCUAAGGACGCUGCCGGGCUCGGGCCAGAGCGGUGCUGGCCUGGCGGCCCUCCGCAAGUGGCUGCAGUGCACGCAGUUCAAAAUGGCCCAGGUGGAAAUCCAGUCCUCGGAAGCCGCCUCUCAAUUUUAUCCUCUAUGAGUGGACUCCUCGGCGCUCAGUGUCAACACUCUGGUUUAGCAAUAAUGGGUUUAAAAACAAAACAAUUCGAUCCGAGCAGGUUGGGGAACAUAUUGGUACUGUACAUUCUCUUUCUAGUUUAGUAACAGACGUGCAAAGGCCGGAGAGGGCCAAGCAAUGAAGCUUUCUUGCUACACAUAUUUCUGAUGACUCCUUGGGCUAUCUGAUUAAGUGUUUCCUUACAUUAUUUUUUAAAAACCAAAUCAUUUUUCUUUAACUAACUUCUAUUUUUUUUAAGAAAAAAAAAAUAGACUGGUGGGUACUCACAGAAAAGUUGUAUAAGUCCCCCUGUUGCUAUUUUUGAUGAUAGAGAAUAAAUAGGGUUUUUGAAACCUUUGUAGUGUUUUUUCUUAAAAUCCACUCUUGGCAAUGCAAUAAAAAAAAAAAAAAACAAAACCCGUCACCAUAAGCCAGUGACACCUGACUGAAGCUUUUUGUCAUUAUCCUGGGAAAAGUGGCAGCUUGCAAGGAACAUUACAAAGUGCACUUAGAAAUUAGGUGGUUAAACUGUGCCAAUUGUUUUCUUUGUUUUAUAAUAUCAUUUUCCAAAACUUGUCCAGUAAGUUUUAUUAUUUUUAAAAACUAGUUUUUCAACUCAUUAGUUCUAGGCUGUACUUUCUUCUUGUAAGCUCUAUGAUAACACCUUUAGUUUUGUGAAUAAUAAAUUUUAUCCUUUUGUUAAUACUUGUAUACAAUUCAAUUUAAAACCGUAGCUUGCAUACUGGACCGGACGAACCCCACACUGGCACAGAGCACUGCACCGGAGGGAUGUGUCAUAAAUGGGAUUUUAUCAGUGUGCAAGCACCCAGAUUUAUUGGCACUCACACCUAGCUUUGGACUGUGCAUUCCAAAUGAAAUCUCUCUUCUUUAUCCCUGUAAUGCACUGACUAAGAGAAGACUUAAUACACAUUUAAGCUGUAUAUUGACAUGCUAUUAAAUGCAUUUUUUUAUUAUCUUUGUGAGCCUGGGGUUUUUUAAAAUCAGUUUCUAGAGCUAGAGUUUAGUUCUUGACAACCAUUUCUUCUAAACUUGUACAACUUCUAACUUCCCUUAAAACUGCAAUUGUCCUAAAGAGGAAAAGGCUUUCUGUAAGGUCAUCUGGCGAGACGAAUGUGUGACUCGCUUGAAGUCCAUGCUCUAGGAAGGGCUGUGAGAGCGUGAGGCCACGCAUUUUUUUUUUUUCAUGUUGUUUUUUUUUAAGAGGCUUCCCUUUUCUUUGGGGACGCCUGAUAUCUUAGUGCUUCUCAGAGGAGAAAAAGUCCUCAGAGGCUUAAGGGUUUCACAUGAGUGCUAGAAAGGCAAAGGGGCAGAUCUUCAUUCUUCUGGAAACUCACAGGGAACCAAUUGGGCUCCAUAUUAAAAGUAUAGGAGCAAUCGUUCUUCAUAUCUUACUAACAAACUCUUCUGAGAGGCCUUCCCGCAGUCAGCACCCUGCUCGGUCCUAGUCAUGCUUGGCUGUGCUUCCGUGAACAUUUUAUUUUGUCUUGUGUUAUAUUGAAGUUGUACCUGUAUUUAUCUCACUUGUAAACUGUGACAGCUUGGAGGGUAUGCACUAUUUCUGUGUCCCCAGGGUUUGGCACGUAGUAUGUGUUUAAUUAAUGUCUAUUGAAUUGAAUGGAUUCAGUGAAGCAACAGGUCUGUCCUGAGCUACCCUGGGUGAGGGCUGAGUUAUGACAUUGUCUUUUUGUGUAGGGGGGGUCCCUGGAGGAGGCAGCCCUGGCUGAUUCCCCUGUGACUUCCCCAUUUGGGCUCAGCUGUGGGCCUGGCUCUUGGCUGGUCCUGAGCCCAGCCUGCCCCAGGCAGCCAGGAUCUUCGUGGCCCCAUCCUACCAGCAGACAAGGCCCAAAGUUAUCCACGGUUCUUCUCUAGCCCCAACUUCUUUGCCUGGUUCUUCGAAUGGAUGUCUUGACUUCCUUUUGUAUUUAAGGGCUGGAGACGAGCCCUUACCAUGGUGCUCUUGGCUGGGCCGCCAUGUAACGCUUCCCACUGUCUGGACCCAUUUCUUUUCCCUGGGGUCUUGGUCUUACCCAGGCAAAUCUCUCUCCUUGCUCUUGAGAACUGGGACCCUUUUUCCUGCCAACCUGACCCCAGUACUAUCCCUGCUGGCACCCUGCCACCUCACGGGCUGAUAGAGACCAGUGAGCUUCCCCUGCCUAACUGCACCCAUGAUUUCCAGUGUCCUCAUCUUCUUUGGCUACCUAUGUCAGCCCUCUAGCAAGUCAGGCUCAGGCUAGAAGAAAAAAGACAGGAGGAGAGGGAGCGUGUGGAGAGAGGACAUUUAGCAGGAUUGGCUCUAACAGGUAGAGGGAGAAGCCAUUCUUCUAGCUCAGGAGUCUGCAAACUGUAGCCCACAGGCCAAAUAGGGCCCACUGCCUAUUUUUGUAAAGUUUUAUUGGAAACAACCCCACUCGCCAUUUACAUAUUGUCUGUGGCUGCUUUUGUGCUAUCACGGCAGACAGAGUUGAAGAGUUGCCACAGAGAUCCCAUGGCCUGGAAAAGCCUAAAGAAUUUACCAUCCGGCCCCUUACGGAAGCAGCGUGCUGACCCUGGCCCAGGUGGGGACCACUGAGCAGCCCCGAGCUGGGGCCCGUCAAGGGAUGUAUGUUCCCUGCCUCUGUGGGGGGUUGGGUUUCAUUAUUGGUGUUUCCUCAUCUGUACAAUGGGGACAAUGACACGUCCUACCUCAUAGGGUUGUUGAGAUGAUAAAAGAAUGCAAGACAAGAGCUUAGGGCAACACCCGACACAUGGUAAGCACUCGAUAAAAGUUAUCGGUUAUGAUUUUUAUUCUUAUGUUUAAGCCGAGAGAAGUAAAGCUACUUGCCCAAGGUCACAUGGCUGGUAAGGGGCAGAGAGCCAGGACAUGACCCCCAUGAUGGUGCUCCCAGCUGCCACCCCUGCUAACUCCUGCUGCACCUCACGUCGGCCCAGGUGACAGCUGUGAAUGCCCAGCAGAAGGCAGAGAGAUCCCAACAAAAUUUGACCUGAUCCAGAUUUGAUCAGAACUAAUUAUUAUCCUGGAGAAGGGCCACAGAACAGACUCACUUUUCCUUCGCUCAUGGAAUAUUGCUGGUUUCAGGGUGUCAACAGAACAUACUUUCAUGGGUGGGAUGGCUCAAGUCUCCAAAUGUGUAGAUUGCAUUCUCGAUGAUUUUUCACCGUGGGCAUGCCUCUUACUAGUUGGGUGACCUUGGACAAGUUAUUAAACCCCUCUGGACCUCUGUUUUUCCUUAUCUGUAAAGCAAAGCUGUCCUUGGAGAUGGGCAGCUCAAAUGGGAGAGGACUGUGGUGGUACUUGGGAGACUGUACUGGGAUUUCUGGACCUCUGGGAAGACUUGCUGCUUUAUGAAGACCAUGCAAAGGGACAACUCACAGCUGCAGGCUCAUUUGGAUUUUCCUUCAGCCAAUGCCACAGAAGCAAGAUCUCCAAGACCCAUGGCCUUCAGAACAUGGGCAUUAGCCAAGAAGGUCCAGUCUCCAUUGUACACCAUCUCUUUGCAAGCGUGUCAUUCUGCCUGACAGUGGGACGUUUCCAGCAACUCUCUUCCCUAAGAAUCUCAUCUGAGGCCCAGUGGUUGCAGCAACUUCAUCUCCAUGUCCAAGCUUCCAUAGGCCAAAUAAGAUUGGAUUAAAUCAGAGAAGAUGAGCUACCCACCGAGACUCUCUCAUGAGCUGGGAUGGAAGGGCCUCUGGCAUUCAUUGGACCAUGCAGAUAAUUUCUUAUACUUUUUAAAUAGAAUUAAUUUGCAAAUAUGUAUGUUGGGCAAAUUGAGUGUCAUGGUGGGGUUCUUAAGAAGAAUGAAGGGAGUGGUUGGAACUCAA